AUGGCCUCAAAGAUUGAGAAGACGCUUGCGCGACAACGCGAGAAAAUCGCUGAGGGCCAAUUCUACGAAGCCCACCAACAACUCCGUGUAAUCGCCUCCCGCUACACAAAAGCCUCAGAUUGGGCAUCCGCAACCUCUAUCCUACACUCUGGCGCGUUAUCUCUUCUCCAGGCAGGCCAAGGCGGUUCCGGCGGCGACCUAUGCAUAUUCCUUCUCGACGUAUACAACAAGGGGGAGGUUAAGGUAGAUGCAGAGAGCAAAGGACGAUUACUAGGUCUCCUCCGCGCUUUCCCCAAAGACGAGCCUACAAAGAAGAAGUUUGUUGGCGAGAUGGUAGCAUGGAGUAGUCGAUUUGGCGAUUACCCUGCUGGCGACCCAGAGAUACAUCAUGUCGCUGGAGGACUAUACGCUGAAGACCUCGAACCCUACGAAGCAGAACGCCAUCUCCUCCUCGGCACCCAAGACUCCGCCUCAACCCUCUCCUCUCUCCACUACUCCUGGUACACAUCAGACGCCCUACACACCGCGCCCCUCUACGCCGCCCGCGGCAUCCUGCCCUACCUCCUAACUGGAAACCUACGCGCAGCAAACAAACACUUCCUCCUCUUCACGUCCUCGCUCCAAAAGGCACCAAACCCGCCCACCCAGCCCGUUAGCACAAAGUCCUCCGACUUCCGCGUAUACCCCUCGUUACCUCUGUUGAACUUCCUGGGUCUACUGCUACUGAGUGUGGAGAGGGGCGAUCCGAGCUUAUGGCGGCAACUUAAGAGCCAUUAUGCGGGGGAUCUCAAGGAAGUGAAUUGGGGUGAAGCUUUGGAUCAGAUUGGGGAGAUGUACUUUGGGAUUAAGAUCCCGAGGCAAGGAAACCCGAUGUUUGAUAUGUUGGGGAGCAUGUUUGGGGGUGGUAUGGGUGGCGGUGGUGCGGCGCCGAAGAAGGCUGUUGGUGGGAGGGCGCCGCCGUCUGCUGGACUGGAUUGA